GUGGUGCGGGUGGCGGCAUCAGCGGCGCAUGCGCAGGCCGUGGCGGAGAGGCGGUGGUUGCCCUGGCAUCGCCGCCGAGGGAGGUUUGGGAGUCGCAGCCCGUGAGGGACUGAGGGAAGCGGGCCGGCGGGCGGACGGCGACCAGGAGCGGCCGGAGGAGGAGGAGGAGAAUCCCUCUGGCUCCUCUUCCCAGCUGCCGGGAUGAGGGACCGCCUGGCCGAGCUGGCAGCGCGCACUCAGAAUGAAGAUGGAGAGGCAUCUGUUGUUGUUGAAAAUGACCACUAUAUGGAAGACUUCUUCCAGCAGGUUGAGGAAGUUCGAAAGUACAUAGCCAAAAUAGCAGAUGUUGUGGAAGAAGUGAAGAAGAAGCACAGUGUUAUUCUUUCUGCCACGCAUCCUAAAGACAAAACAAAGGAAGAGCUUGAAGAACUGAACAAAGAAAUCAGGAAAACAGCAAAUAUAGUUCGUGCUAAAUUGAAAACCAUAGGACAAAAUUUAGCUCGGCACGAGAAUGUUAAUCGAACUUCAGCAGAUGUCAGAAUACGGAAAUCACAGCAUUCGGUGUUGACCCGGAAGUUUGUGGAGGUCAUGACAGCCUAUAAUACAACUCAGACGUGCUUUCGGGAACGCACCAAGGAUCAAAUACGGCGGCAGUUGGAAAUAACUGGGAAAAACACUUCUGAUGAAGAACUGGAAGAAAUGUUGGAAAGUGGCAAUCUUUCUAUUUUCACUUCUGAUAUUAUUUUAGACACCAAAAUUACUAGAGAAGCUCUCGAUGAAAUUGAGUCACGUCACAAAGAUAUUAUAAAACUGGAAUCCAGUAUACAAGAGUUGCAUGAAAUGUUUAUGGACAUGGCAAUGCUUGUUGAGGUUCAGGGCGAAAUGGUCAACAGCAUAGAGAAAAAUGUGAUGAAUGCGGCUGAUUAUGUAGAACAUGCAAAAGAAGAGACCAAAAAAGCUGUUAAAUAUCAAAGCAAGGCGCGCAGGAAAUUGAUGUUCAUAAUAAUUUGUGUAACUGUAAUCCUUGUAAUCCUUGGAAUUGUCCUAGCGGCGACCUUCUUGUAGUGACCAGCAUAUUCCAAGCAUUUGGGAUCUUCUGAAUCGCAUGUUCAGGGAAACUAAAAUGACCUAGUUCUUGUAAAGACACCUUCUCUUGCCAUAAUGAGAUUUUCUUUUUCAAGAUUGGCUGGUCGCUAACUGUUUAAAUGGUCAGUAGCACUUACAUUUUAUACCAGCAAAUCAGAACCAAAAUUGUAACCAUGGUUGUUUUUUCUUUCUCCAAACAAGAAAAAACCAGACAGCCUACCUUAUGGAGUUGUUAUCUUAAAAGCUGCUAAAUCUUUUCUGCGCUAACUAUUUUAGAGAUUAAUUUCAACUUUUGAUACAUCAGUGUUACUACUGUGGGAUUAGAGGAUUUAUUUGUUUAUUUUUGCCCAGAAACAUUGAGCUUUUGAAAUUUGGCUUUGUUUUCUCCAUUAUUAAUUCAUCUUCUUAACAUAACAAUCUUGUUUAAAAUUAAAUCAGCCACAUUUUCUGAAUAACUGUUUUGACUGCAGUCCUAAACUCACUUAUUUUGGAGGUGAGUUCCACUGCAAUAAUUGAAUUUACUUUGAAGUAAAUGUGAUUAAGAUUGAGAUGUAAUGUGGCUUUCUCUCAUCGCCAGGAUUAACGGUUAAAAAAGUCUUAAACUAUAAAUGUUAAAAUUUGUGCACAAUAUAUAUCAAACAAGUACAUCAAGGCAGAAGUAGAAAUUGAAGUGCCUCUUUAAUAGUGACCUCAUAAACUGCUUCUUUUUAAAGCAUAAAUUCUGUUAUGAAUAACCUUCCUCCGCUCAUUUCAUAAAAAUUCUUUUUAAAAGAAAUCCAGUCCACUGUGAAGUUUACUAAGCUGUGUAUGUGUGUGUGCUUUCUUUCAGCUUUUUGAUAUAAAAUGCUUGUUAAAGGACACCAGAUUGGUUGAGAUGAAAGAGAGGUCCUCACUUGUACCUGAUCCAGAGCUCCACAAAUUCUGCAGUGCAUGCUUUGGAAGCUCCUCCAUUCACUGCAGUGCAGGGGAGAAGCUUUGCAAGCUUCUUAAGCCACUUGCAUUGAAGUAAAUGGAGUAGCUUUUGUGGGUGGGACUGCUGUAAACAUUCAUCAGAGCCCUUGUUCGGCAGAGGAUCUCUGGGUACGUGCUCUGUUCUCUUGUGCAACUCUCAUUAAUUUUAGUGAGGCCUGCGUCUGAGACUGAUUUUGUGGGCUGCGCUCAAAAUGCCUAGUAACUGAGAAAAUGGCUGCCGUAAAAAUGUGAUAAUGGAGCAAAGAUGCAAGUGCCGUAAAGCUUGACUUAAUCUUGAAAUACUUCUAAUCCAUGAUUGUGUAAAGAACUCCAGUGCACAGAUCGGAUCAGCAUUACAAUAUCGGCUGUGGUGCAAAUGAACCAUGAUUUCCUUAUUUCAUAAAACUUUCCUUUUCACCAAGGAGCAAAAAUCAAAAUGUUUCUUUUUAUUUCUGUUUGGUCCUUCAAGAGUGGGAGAUGAUAAAGAGAAACUAGCAUCUUUGUAAUCUUUUUCUCUCUCUUUUUUAAAAUGAACUUAAAUAAACACUGAUUUUGUUGGGGAAUUUGCCUCUACAUUUCCAAAACAUGAAUGAAGUGUUUGUGAAGGCAAAAGCCUCAGACCAAAGAAAAUUGGUUGCACUGAAGUCCCACGGAAAUGAAUGACACCUAACACACGUAACCACCCCUGGAUCUGGGGCCAAAGUGUCCAUCUGUUAGCAACUUUUAAGCAUUUCAAAGUAACCCAGACAGUUGAAUUUUGUGUUGCUGGUUAUCUUUUGUAUUGUGUUUAUUACUCUGUAAAUAUUUGGAAGUGUAUUUUGAUUUCCAAUUGUUUAAAUAUAUAUUAAUGUAGAUAUUUAUGCUGGAAAUGAAAUAAACUAUAAU